AUGGCCGACUACGGCAACCAGCAGCGGCCGGACUAUGCGCGCGGCCAAACCCAUGGCCAGCCCUCGGGCGCAAGGGAAACCGCCUUCACAAAUAUCUUCGGCGCCAGCCCGUCCAUGGCCGGCCGCUCCCAGACCAUGACAUCGCAGUCGCACAGGAACAUCCCCGACCGCGCUGCCACAAUGUCCAGCCAGACGGCCGACAUGAUGCAGCGCGCCCCGCCAAUUCGCCAGCCCGUCAACGGCUACGAUCGUCGUCCUCACCCACAGUACGAUCAGCGCACGGGACCAAGUCUCGGAGAGCAGCGCCCCAUAGAUCCGCCGAAUGCUUAUAAUCGCCCUAUGCCAAACGGUUACGGUCAGCACCCGCGAUAUCCUGACGGGCAACAGCAGCAGCAGCAGCGCCAGCCGCAGCCUCAGUACCUGCCACAGCCCCUUCGCCCUGAGCGCCAGCCAUACGGCCAGCCCCAGCGCUUCGACUCCCGCAUCUCUCCUCCUGGCCAGCCCCCUUACAACAAGCCCAUUCCCAAUCGCUUUCCCGGCGGUCCAGGUCCUGCAAUGAAUUCGGAUCCUUACCGUUCACAAUCACUUGCCUUGAACCCACGACCACAGUUCAACCCUGGUGGACCAUCCCAUCCGUCCCCCGCAAACACGUUCCGUCAGCAGCCUUAUAUGAACCACAUGGCCAGGACCACAGCACAAGGACGCGUGGUACCAGAACGGCCCGAUGAACGGACAAUGUCCAUGACCUCGUACACAAGGGAUCCCGAGUAUACACAGACAAUGAGUGGUAGAAUCAUACCAAGUCGAAGGCGAGAAUCUGGUGAAUCUGAGAUGUCAAGUGGACCGCACGGUCACCCCCAACACCCAAACAUGGGACUGCCGUCCAAUCCUAGGAGUGUGAGCCAAGGAAGCAUGUCGAAUCAAUCCCGCUCAAUGUCCAUGGCAUCCACAAUUGUGCCUCCUUCGGAGCGUACCAGCACUAUGACGUCCAUUAGCUCUCGCCCAGACUCAUCUCAAACACUUGGAAGCAACUCCAGCAACAAUAGGACUUCCAACCAGUCCAUGACUUCGCUCGUCCCCGCGCAACAAGCGCCUGCUGCCCAGCGACGGGCACCUCUGGUCUACCCUGCCCUGCUAUCUCGCGUUGCCGAUACCUUCCAAGACCGAGUGGUUCUUUCUGACAAGGAAAAAGAUGGUCUUGUUUACAAGAGUGCUUUUACGGGUGCAGAUGCAGUUGAUCUCAUCUCUUUCAUUAUCAAGACUACCGACCGUAAUCUAGCGCUCCUCUUGGGCCGGUCCCUUGAUGCGCAAAAGUUCUUCCACGAUGUUACGUACGCGCACCGCCUGCGAGAUUCGACGAACGAGAUAUACCAGUUCCGUGAGACCAUGGUGGAGGACAAGUCUGAGAUCAACGGAGUCUUCACUCUAUUGACCGAGUGCUACUCUCCCACAUGUACACGUGACCGUCUGUGCUACUCAAUUGCAUGCCCACGCCGUCUGGAGCAGCAAGCCCGUCUCAACAUGCGCAUUCAACCCGGUCUCAAGCGCGAGGAAUCCAGAGCAAGUUUGCACGAGGAAAAAGACCAAGAAGAGCAGAAACUGUGGAUUAAUACCGUACCAAAAGAAAUUUCGGACAGUGUGUCGGAGAAGGAGCAAAAGCGACAAGAGGUCAUCUCCGAGCUUAUGUAUACUGAGCGCGAUUUCGUCAAGGAUCUCGAGUACCUUAGAGACUUCUGGAUGAAGCCCCUGCGCAACCCCGCGAUAUCACCAAUUCCCGAGCACCGCCGCGAAAAGUUUGUCCGUACCGUCUUUUCCAACUGCCAAGAGGUCUACAUGGUCAAUUCCCGCAUGGCCGAGCAACUUACCAGACGCCAGCAAAAGGAGGCUGUUGUCCGAAACAUUGGAGACAUCUUCCUGGAAUUUGUACCUCAUUUUGCGCCAUUCAUCAAGUACGGUGCUAACCAGCUCUUCGGUAAGUACGAGUUUGAGCAUGAAAAGCGCACCAACCCAGGCUUUGCCAAAUUCGUCGACGAAGUCGAGAGGAUGAAGGAAUCAAGAAAGCUGGAGCUCAACGGUUACCUUACUAAGCCAACCACGAGGUUGGCCAGAUAUCCACUGCUUUUGGAGAACAUUGUCAAGUACACCGCGGAUGACAACCCGGAUAAAGAAGAUAUUCCCAAGGUGAUUAGCAUCAUCAAAGACACGCUAUCAAAGGUCAACAUCGAGUCCGGCAAGGCAGAAAACCACUUCAACCUUAUGCAGCUCAACAAGGAUCUCAAGUUCAGGCAGGGUGAGUUUGUCGAUUUGAAGUUGACGGAUGAGAAUCGACAGUUGGUAUUCAAGGGCACAUUGAAGAAGACCCCGACCGAAGCUACUGGCGACAUUACUUGCUACCUCUUCGACCAUGCUGUUUUGUUGGUGCGUGCGAAGACUGUGAACAAACGUGAGGAGCAAAAGGUCUACAAGAAGCCAAUACCUCUGGAACUUUUGGUCAUCACGCAAAUGGAGGAAGUUAAUCCUAAGCUGGGCAUUGCAAAGAGACCUUCAGCAAACUUGAUUGCUGGCAAGGCCAUUGCUGCGGCAACCCCAAAGAACAACGAUCCCAAACAGCAAGGCUACCCCAUUACCUUUAAGCGUCUUGGAAAGGGUGGAUAUGAACUGACUCUCUUUGCGAGCACGCCAAUCUCCCAGCAAAAAUGGAUGGAGCACAUUGAUUCACAGCAGCGAAAUCUGAGGGAGCGCAGUAACAUCUUUACCAAGACUAUCAUCCACGAGGGACCCUUCUCCCUCAACUCUCCUACUACUAUCCGGGUUACCUGCGCUGUUCCUCUGGAUGGUGGUCGCAAACUGGCCCUUGGAACGGACAAUGGUGUAUUUAUUGUGGAGCGCAAGCCAAAAGAUGCCUCGAUACGUCCUCGUCGUGUACUGGACUGCAAGGGCGUUACCCAGAUCGAAGUUCUCGAGCAACAUGCUAUUGUGCUGGUCUUGGCCGACAAAACUCUAUACUCCUACUCGACCGAUGCCCUGGAGCCUGACGAGUCGCAAGCCAUGGCCAAGCGUCCCCGAAAGAUUUGCCAUGCCAACUUCUUCAAGGCUGGCAUUUGCCUGGGCCAGCAAUUGGUCGCUGCGGUCAAGACGUCGGCGCUGUCGACUACAAUCAAGGUAUACGAACCCAAGGAGCAGAUGGGCAACAAGAACAAGAAGUCUGGUUUCGCAAAGAUGAUGCUAUCAACAGGUGGCGCCGAUCAACUCAAGCCCUACAAAGAAUUUUACAUUCCUACGGAGUCGACGUCCAUUCAUUUCUUGCGUUCUAAGCUCUGCGUUGGUUGCGCACGUGGUUUUGAAGUCGUCAGUCUGGAAACACUCGAAACGCAGUCACUUCUUGACCAGGCCGACACGUCCCUCGACUUUGUUCUGCGGAAGGAGAACAUCAAGCCAAUUCACAUUGAGCGCAUGGCAAGCGAAUUCCUGUUGUGCUACACAGACUGCUCAUUCUUUGUCAACCGCAACGGCUGGCGAGCACGACCAGACUGGGACAUCACCUGGGAGGGUACACCGCAGGCCUUUGCCAUCUUCAACCCAUACAUCCUUGCUUUUGAGCCUAGCUUUAUUGAGAUUCGGCAUAUUGAGAGUGGUGGUCUUGUGCACAUCAUCACUGGGAAGAACAUUAGGUGGCUACAUACAUCAACAAGAGAGAUUUUAUACUCGUACGAGGAUGAAUUCGGCACCGAUGUCAUUGCCAGCCUGGACUUUUGGCAAACCGGAAACGCAAAGCAGUCACUUGAUGUCCCACACGGCUCCGAAAAGAGCUAG